AUGGGAACAUUUGAAUCAAAGGGCGCGAUGCGAAGAACUGCACCACCUGAGGCCAGUGUCAUGAAUGGUACUGAAGGGAAAUAUUCCAAGCUUAAAGCCUUACAAGCUUUAAUAGGCUCGCUAUUUUCUGGCAAAUCUGACGCUGGUGAAUCCUUGGGAAAUGAAGAGAAUAAGACAUUUUGGAAAAAGCAAAAGAGUAAAAUUCAAUACUCUAUCUAUAAGGUACUACUGGUCACCCUCUAUUUGGUCUAUGGAUGCUAUAGAUAUUGCCAGUAUGAGUGGAAUAAAAUGAAAAUAAGAAUGCUCAACAUCAUCUACAAUCCGUCGAAUACUCCACAGUUGAUUAGACAAGACGUAACCAAAUUAGAGAAGAUACCAAAGCGGCUUGCUGCAAUACUCGAAAUGAAAUCAGAGAGUCACGUUGGCGGUGGCUCCCAGGGGCUAAUGAAUGACGGCAGCGAGAUCGUGUGUUGGACUGUAAGCGCGGGAAUAAAGCAUUUAGUAUUGUACGAUUAUGAUGGUGUCUUGAAAAAGAACGUGCAGGAUUUCCGGAAGGACAUUCGCAACAAGUUGAGCAAGUAUUUUGGAACAUCCCACAUUCCAAAGUAUGCUGUUCGAAUUCCGCAUCUAAACAAAAUCUAUUUCAAUGAUAAAGAUUCGAGUUCCACCGAAAAUCAUAAAGUGGCCAUAGAAAUUUCGCUGCUUUCCAACAGGGAUGGAAGGGAGACCAUUGUUGAUUUAACGCGCACAAUGGCGGAUCUUUGCGCUUCCAAAGAGCUAAAACUUGGCGAUAUCACUAUGAGUCUCGUCGACAAAGAGCUGGUCCAUCUGGUAGGGCCCGAGCCAGACUUGCUGCUGUAUUUCGGUCCGUGCCUGGAUUUGCAAGGGUUUCCACCCUGGCAUAUACGACUCACAGAGCUCCAUUGGGAGGAGGACAACCACGAUGUCAUCUACUCCGUCUUUAUAAGAGGGCUACAGAAAUACGCCACCUGCAAAAUCAAUGUGGGAAAAUAG